AUGGCAAGUCAGAAGUUUUCAAACUUCUCUAUUGAUUUCAUCCUGAGCGACACAAGCAAUCAAACACCCACAGAGGAUCAUCCAUCAUCUCCGCGGGAUUUCCAAGGGCACGUAACCAAACUGGAUCAGCUCUAUCAGGAUGAAUGUGGAGUUCAGCAUGCGGCCCUGAUGAUGAACCAUCACCCAUCAUCCUCAUCAUCCUGGACGGGCAUGUUCAACUGCUGUAGCCCGGUCUCAUAUUAUCAAAUGACCUUCAAUUCCAACUACUACACGGCUCAGCAGUGGCCCUUUAACACAACAGGUGACCCAGUUGAGCAUCAGUGCCACCGAAACGCAUCCCAGCGUCAGCGCAAUCGAGUACGCACUGUAUUCACAGACAACCAGACACAACAACUCGAGCGAUUAUUCGCCAUCACCGACUACCCGACCGUAGAUGCCCGGGCGGAAUUAGCCAAGAGUACCGGCCUCACCGAGGAGAUUGUACGGGUGUGGUUCAAAAAUCGACGCGCACGAAGAAAAAGACAAUCGAACUGCAAAAACGCAAAGCCCUCUCCGGAUCACACACACGACUCAGAUUAAUUUAUUAUUAAACAUUGACUU